CUCUUAUAAACAACCCCCUUUGCUGUGCUUGCACCGCCCCCUUCCUCGUAGCUUCUUCCUCUCCCUCCCUCUCUCUCUCUCUCUCUCGUUCUCUACUAUUUCUAUUCUUAUAAAAAGUAAAAUAUAUAUAUACAACACGUCCGACCUACACCUACAACAUGAAUGACAAUCAUCGGAACAAUAUUGAAUCUCGGCAACAACGAGGAGUUCGACGACGGGCAACUUCAUUACAACAACGGCAACAACUCCCACCACAAUCAACUUCGUCUUCUAGUCGGGGCAGUAGUGGUAGUACACCACUAACUCAUGCUACUCGCUCGUCCCGUUCUUCAACGACAGCAGCAGCAGCUGCUACUGCUGCUGCUACUGAUCGAAAAAAGUCUCCGGUGAAUAGCAUAAAAGCAAUCCAUGAACGAAUGGCACGAUUGUCGAUGGAGGACCAUUUGCCCACCUCUAAAUUGCCACGCCGUCGUUUACAAUCGAGUGUCAGCCAGCAAACAAGACUUAUACCCACUCCUUUGACGGCACGCGCUACAAAAAGCGAGACAACAAACAACUUGAAUAGUAACGGCAGAGCCGUUCGACUACGGAGUAAAACAGCAACAACAGCACUGGCAGCAGAACACGAUCGAACGCGGUGGCUACAGAAAAAAUCGCAUAAUAGUACAAGUGGCAACUUACAUUCAAUAUGGGCAACAGCCAACGGCCAAUACACACUUCAAGAGCAUAGUGAUGGUAUCAGCGAUAACGAUGAUGGCGAUCUAGUCGAGGCAGCUCAGUCAAGGUUAAGGAGCCUGAUGCUGGCACGGGAACGGCAGCUGGACUUUAUGCAUGAAUUGAAGCUGGCUUUCGGUAAUAUACUUGACCACGAAGAGGAAAGCGGUACUCAGAUUAUACAGCAGUUAAAGAUGCAUUUCGAUCAUCAAGCUUUGUAUAUCCAAGACUUGGAACGCGCAUUAACUCGAGAAAGAUCAAACAAAGCAGAUUAUCGCCGCAAAUUCGAGGAAGAAAAGGAAGCAUUAUUACAUCAGCAACAAGAACAAUUCGAGUCACUCAAAAUGAAGUACCGUGUGGGGUUAGAACGAAUUGUGGAUAACUGGCUCAGUAACGAAACGGCUGAGCAAGAAGUCUGGAUGGAUCAGAUUCGACGGCAAGCAGAAGAUCGUGUCGCUCAGGUAGAAGAGCGAUGGAUGGAACGUGCGGCUGUCUUGCAAGCAGAACUUCGACAAUACCGAGAUCAGAACCUUCGUCAUAUUGUACAAUAGUUAGCUAACCAGUAACUCUUUUAACAAGAACGAUAAUACUAUUAAUUUCCAGCGGAUUAUAUUCAAACGAAGA